UGUAUCGUUAAGCCAUUGAUUGACCACAACACUCUUUUUGUCUUCUCAUUGUAAUAAUAUUCUUGCAAUGGUUCGCAAUAAACGAUUCUACUUUUUUAAGGAUUAUUUUUAUUACAAUAUUUUCGUCUACCACACAUAUAUGAAAGAUAAAACGACUCCAUAAUGUUUGUAAGACCAUUCAUCGAUUAUCUUUAAAUCAUUUUAUAAACCAAAUAGCGUAUAAAUAUAAACCUAAAAAAACCAGUCGGCCGCGCAAAUCAUAAAAUGUAAAAUGCCAAACGGGUGCCAGAAAUGUUGGGAAGAAUUCAAGGGAUGGCUAAAGGCAUUUACGCCCGUAGAAAUAUUUUUGACCAUAAUAGAAGCUUUACUAUUAAUAUUACUUCUAGUGUUUUUAAUAUUUUUAGUUAUCCAUCUUCUUACGUGUCAUGGGGUGGUUGAUGAGAGUACAACGGAUCGUGCCAUAGUCAGUGAUAUUACCACCGUAGCUCCAAAAAAUGUAACAAAGAAAUCGACUUCUAGUAGUAAAAAAUCGCGGCCAACCUGCACUUAUACUAAAGAACAAAAAAGUAAUUUGACAACGCCGUCUGCGAACGAAACUGAUGCUACAAGUCCAUACUCAACGGCCGCCCCAAGGUACACAACGCCCACCCACCCCGACCAGAUCGUACCAAUCACGUCGGACGGCGAGCUAGCCGAUGAGAGCGAGAAACUUCACGUUAUGGCGCUAGUGAAGAUCAAACCGAGUGGCGUGACGUUCGGGUGUAUACUUACUGUCGUGGCUGAGCGGUGGGUGGUUACCGCUGCGAGCUGCUUGGAUUCUAUUGAAGAGGUGGACUCACUAGAUAACUUCGUGAUAAUGGACAACUACGGCGCCCUAAACAAGGGUCGGUCUCACCCCGUGUCCGACGUGCGCGUGCAUCCCCUCUACAACGGCGGCAACAAGACGUACGACUUGGCGCUGCUGCAGAGUGAGGACGGGUUAGGUAGACCCCCGGUCCAGUUGGCGUCGCUUUUGGAUUACUUCAAACUGCCGAUAGGGGAGGCCGGGAGCAUAUUGGGAUUUGGUAGGUUUAGAACAAUAGACCAGAGCGUCCCGCAGCAAGUUCACUCCGCCGUCGUGCACAUCCUGCCGUACUCUCACUGCGACUCGCCCGAGUAUCGCGAGCGGCACCUCAUACCCCUCGCCCCCGUAGCUCACGGCCGCUGCGGGGCGUCGCCGCUCUGUCUCGGCGUGCUUCACGCGCGCGGCGCGCCGUGUAACUACUGCGCCGGCGCGCCGCUCAUGCGUGCGGGCAAGCUGCUGGGUGUCAUGGCGGAUAACGAACAGUGUGGCGCGGCGUGCGAGCCGGCGCUCUAUGCGAACGUGGCCGCAGAGCGGCAGUGGCUACACGCUAGUCUUAGCUAGGCUGAUAAUAAAGCUACUUAAAUAUG